AUGAUCGCGGCACUGGAUCUCGUGGCGACAUCUCCAUAUGGCAUGUCAAUGCCCCUCCUGGCCGUGGAGGGCGAGACCGACCUUCUGGCCAAGCCGGUCGAUUUUGUCAAGACCUGGACUGCCGCUGCAAAGGGCCUGGCUCACGCACUCGUGCCAUACAGGACAGCCGCAAGACCGGGGCUCGGUUACGUUGCGCUGGGUGACGUCACCAACGCCAACAACGACCAGAAGCCCUCGAAGGACUCGAUGCGAUGCGUGCACAAGUCCAUGGUCGUCGCCGGCCAAUGGGCCUACCCACAGGCUUGGUGGGACUCGGGGAGUGGCGGAUCCUACGGUGAUGCGUCCCUGUGGUGCGCGCGACCCAAGGACUCCUAUGGCAUCAGCACGCACACCUUCAAGAGCGACUGGGCUCACUGCUUCCCUCUGUCGUUCCAGCCGUACGUCCUCAAGAACCAGACGAAACUGUACCAGACCAGCCGGGCCGAUGGCGAAACCAGCAGCGCGCGGCAAGGGCGGAAGGUCACCUUGAUGUCCCACACGGGCCGCUUCCUGCGACUACGCGAGAACGGCGAGGCCUUCACUUCGACGUGGGCCGGCGCCCAGGACCACACCUCGGGUUGA